AUGAUUCUAGUGCUGUUGUUGCAGAUGUCCUCAGUGCUCGUUGGCGGUACAGAUGUUGCUGCAGGUGCAGCCCAGGCAGCUUCACUCAGUAGUAACAGCAAAUAUCGCUCCUAUGUUGCGGCGGUAUUUCAAGCAAAUGCAAAAUUCGGUGAUAUCCCAAAGGCGGUGACGGUGGCAAAGCGCCUUUCGCAAUGCCUUCAUCCGGCCCUCCCACAUGGCGUCCAUCUAAAAGCGCUGGCAACGUAUCAGCAACUCUUCGAUAUCCUUGGCCGCAAAGAUCUUCCCGAAUUACUUUAUCUUUUCGCUGUUGGACUUUUUCCG